AUGUCUACUGCCAUCAAGGCACCGCAGGGUCAAGCGAUAGGCUUGCCGUCAAGUCAUACAUACAGUCGUGGCCCACAACUUCAAAACAACAGCAAAUCAAAGCUCAAGGACAAGAAACUCCGCUCGCAACUCAAGCGCAAGGAGGCGCAAAUAGCUACCGCCGAAGAAGAAGCCGCAAAGGCUGAGCUGCUCAAUGUUGAAGACACGGGCUUUCUUGAACCCGAGAGCGCCUUGGAGCGGACAUACAAGUUCACUCAGCCGCAGAUUCGCAAAGAGGUCGAUGUUGCAACAGCGCAAAAGGCAUUCGAUUUGAAGCUGGACUUUGGACCGUAUGCCUGUGACUUCACACGUAAUGGUCGGUAUCUGCUUCUCGGCGGUAGGAAAGGACAUAUCGCUUCGCUUGAUUGGAAAGCUGGUCGCAUGGCGUGUGAAUUCCACGUCAAGGAGACCGUCAAGGACGUUGCCUUUCUACACAACGAGUCUCUCUUUGCUGUGGCGCAAAAGAAGUAUACAUACAUCUACGACGGCUCUGGUGCAGAAGUACACUGUCUCAAACACCACGUCGAGGUCAACGCUCUCCAAUUCCUGCCCUACCACUACCUUCUUGCGACAAUUGGCCAAACAGGUUACCUCAAGUACCAGGAUAUCUCAACAGGUGCUGUUGUAUCUGAACACCGCUCAAAGCUAGGGCCUUGCUCCGUUUUGCGGCAAAAUAGACAAAACGCAAUUCUUCACACUGGGCACAGCAACGGUGUCGUCAACUUAUGGACACCCAACCUCGGCGAGCCAGCUGUCCGACUACUCACGCAUCGUGGGCCAGUCCGUGCACUUUGCAUUGAUCGCGAGGGCAAGUACAUGGCUACAGCAGGACAAGACUCACGCAUCAAAGUCUGGGAUUUACGGACACACAAGUGCCUACAAGAUUACUUUUCACCACGACCUGCUACAUCGGUUGAUUUCUCAGAUACGGGGAUCUUGGCAACGGGUUGGUCUUCACAUGUUCACUUGUGGCGUGAUGUACUCGGUGGAUCGGCAGAGAAGCAAGCAUCCCCGUAUAUGGUACACAACCUCGAAGGCAAUAGUGUCAGCAGUGUUCGAUUUGCGCCUUAUGAAGAUUUCCUUGGUUGUGCACACGAUAGUGGCUAUGCGUCACUCGUGGUACCAGGUGCCGGUGAAGCAAAUUACGAUGCCUACGAGGCAAACCCAUACAUGACGAAGCAACAACGUCGUACAGCUGAAGUCCGUGGUCUGUUGGAGAAGUUACAACCAAACAUGAUUUCACUACAACCCGACAUCAUUGGUUCGGUGGAUCCUGCCUCAGCGAGUGUUCGCAAGCAAGAGGUAGUCGAGGCGGUGCAAGAGGCGAAGGACAAGGAUGCAGCGGAAUUUGAAUACGUUGCAAGGGAAAAGCAGCGAGGUCGUAACUCAGCACUACGUCGUGUCUUGCGCAAAAAGAAUAAGCAUGUGGUGGAUGAGCGUCGCAACAAGGUAGAGCGGUUGUUGCAGCAAGAGAAGCAGAUGAAGCAAGACCGACUGAAGCGAGAACGAGGAGAGACUGUUGAGGCUGGGCCUGAGGCUGGACCGGCGCUCAGUCGCUUCGCUGUGCAUGGCAGUAGGCGAAGAUGA